GUGGCCAGUGAUUUUCAUUUUCUUUCUUCCCUUGAGGACACAGUGGCUGCUGUUGUUCCACAGUGGGACAGCGUCCCGAGCUCUUCCCUCUCUUGCAUCAUUCUACGCCUUUGCCAACCCUGGGAGGCUGACUAGGCACCAUUGCUGUCCUUUGGUGGCCACUCUGCUGUGUCCCUAGCAGCUGGUCCUGGGCUGGGGGCAGGGACACGAGGAGGGGCCUCCCAGGAAGUGGGGAGCUUUCUUUGAGGCAGCUGAACCCUGUGGCUGAGGGUUCGGGGUGGCAGGGCCUCCUUGCCUGCUGCGCAGAGGAUGCAGUUCUUCGGCCGCCUGGUCAACACCCUCAGUAACGUCACCACCUUGUUCUCAAAUCCAUUCCGGGUGAAGGAGGUGCCCCUAACCGACUAUGCCUCAAGUGGCCGGGUUCGGGAGGAAGGGCAGCUGAUCCUGGUCCAGAACGCAUCCAGUCACACCUGGGACUGCAUCCUGGUCAACCCCAGGAACUCUCAGAGUGGCUUCCGACUCUUCCAGCUGCAGUCGGAGGCCGAGGCCCUGGUGAGCUUCCAGCAGUUCUCCUCCCAGCUGCCUCCCUUCUACGAGAGCUCCGCUCGGGUCCUGGACGCCGAGGUCCUGCAGCACCUCAGCGACCUCAUCCGCAACCACCCGAGCUGGUCUGUGGCACACUUGGCCGUGGAGCUGGGCAUCCGCGACUGUUUCUACCACAGCCGGGUCAUCAGCUGCGCCAACAGUACAGAGAAUGAGGAAGGCUGCACCCCACUACACCUGGCCUGUCGCAGGGGUGAUGGGGAGAUCCUGGCGGAGCUGGUGCAGUACUGCCACGCCCAGAUGGAUGUCACCGACAGCAAGGGAGAGACCGCCUUCCACUAUGCCGUGCAGGGUGACAGCUCCCAAGUGCUGCAGCUCCUAGGGAAGAACGCGUCAUCCGGCCUGAACCAGGCGAACCACCAGGGGCUGACCCCGCUGCACCUGGCCUGCCAGCUGGGCAAGGAGGAGAUGGUGCGCGUGCUGCUGCUGUGCGGUGCGCGCUGCAGUGUGGGGGGGCCCAGCGGCUACCCCAUCCACACGGCCAUGAAGUUCUCCCGGAAGGGGUGUGCUGAGAUGAUCCUCAGCAUGGACAGCAACCAGAUCCACAGCAAAGACCCUCGCUACGGAGCCAGCCCCCUGCACUGGGCCAAGAAUGCGGAGAUGGCCCGCGUGCUGCUGAAGAGGGCCUGCGACGUGGACAGCACCAGUGCCUCGGGGAACACGGCCCUGCACGUGGCCGUGAUGCGCAACCGCUUCGACUGCGUCAUGGUGCUGCUGACCCACGGGGCCAGCGCGGACGUGCACGGGGAGCACGGCAACACCCCGCUGCACCUGGCCAUGUUGAAAGACAACGUGGAGAUGGUGAAGGCCCUCAUUGUGUUUGGGGCAGAAGUGGACACCCCGAAUGACUUUGGGGAGACUCCUGCCUUCAUAGCCUCCAAAAUCAGCAAACUCGUCACCAGGAGGGCAUUCUUGACUCUGCUGAGAACCGUGGGGGCCAGCUGCAGCCAGCCACCCAUCCAAGAGGCCCCUGCGGAGCACUCCUCUGUGGCAUCGCCUCACCCCUGCUCCCUGGAGACAGCUCAGCCCCCAACCAUCAGUUUAAGCAGCCUAGAGCUGCAGGACCUCGUGCACAUCUCCCGCGCCCGGAAGCCACCCUUCAUCCUGAGCUCCCUGAGGGAGGAGAAGCGGACCCACGACCACCUGCUCUGCCUGGACGGAGGGGGCGUGAAAGGCCUGGUCAUCAUCCAGCUCCUCAUCGCCAUCGAGAAGGCUUCGGGUGUGGCCACCAAGGACCUCUUUGACUGGGUGGCGGGCACCAGCACGGGGGGCAUCCUGGCCCUGGCCAUUCUGCACAGCAAGUCCAUGGCCUACAUGCGCAGCGUGUACUUCCGCAUGAAGGACGAGGUGUUCCAGGGCUCUCGGCCCUACGAGUCGGGGCCCCUGGAGGAGUUCCUGAAGCGGGAGUUUGGGGAGCACACGAAGAUGACAGAUGUCAAGAAGCCUAAGGUGAUGCUGACCGGGACCCUGUCUGAUCGGCAGCCAGCCGAGCUCCACCUCUUCCGGAAUUAUGAGGCUCCAGAGGCCGUCCGGGAGCCUCGCUUCAGCCAGAACAUUAACCUGAAGCCUCCAGCUAAGCCCUCAGAGCAGCUGGUGUGGCGGGCAGCCCGGAGCAGCGGAGCAGCCCCCACCUACUUCCGGCCCAAUGGGCGCUUUCUGGAUGGCGGGCUGCUGGCCAACAACCCCACAUUGGACGCCAUGACUGAGAUCCACGAGUACAAUCAGGACCUGAUCCGCAAGGGUCAGGGCAACAAGGUGAAGAAACUCUCCAUUGUGGUGUCUCUGGGGACAGGGCGGUCCCCUCAGGUACCUGUGAGCUGUGUGGACGUCUUCCGCCCCAGCAACCCCUGGGAACUGGCCAAGACUGUUUUUGGGGCCAAGGAACUGGGCAAGAUGGUGGUGGACUGUUGCACGGACCCCGAUGGGCGGGCUGUCGACCGGGCCCGGGCCUGGUGCGAGAUGGUGGGAAUCCAGUAUUUCAGAUUGAACCCCCAGCUGGGGACGGACAUCAUGCUGGAUGAGGUCAGCGAUGCGGUGCUGGUCAACGCACUCUGGGAGACCGAGGUCUACAUCUACGAGCACCGAGAGCAGUUUCAGAAGCUGGUCCAGCUGCUGCUCUCACCUUGAGCUCCUCUCUUCCCUGUGGCGAGGCCACUGCCACCCAGGAAGAGCCAGGGCGGGCUGCUCCGCACCCUUUGGUGGACUGGGGCCUGGAGCGCAAGCAGCUUCGCCUGAGGCUGGUCGCCCUCCUCACCACCUUCCGCAUCUUUUGUCACUGCAGGCUGAGUGCCCAGAGUCCUCAGCUCCUUCCCCUGACUGAGGGACAAAUGACUUGACCAGUGGCCCAAUGUCCCCUCAGCUACAACACUACAGUGCCCGGCACACCCUGCAGCCCCUAGACCUGCAAGGUCCCCUCAGGUUUCCCAGUCUGCCCCCCACUCUCACGGGAAACCCAGGCUCCGGGGGCAGAUGCUCCAUUUGACUUUGCCUCUCUGCACAUCCGGCCACCCUACCCUCGGAGCCGCCCCACCCUGAGUCCUCCCCAGCUCGCAAAGGUCACCCCAUGAGUUCACUUCGUGCAGAAGCAUUUGAGAGUGGGGAGGGGGUGGGGGCCCCAAAAACUGUGAAAUAAAUGGUGUGGACCCCAGUGCACCGAGGUGUGACUGUGC